AUGCUUGCACGAAAUUUGGUGAGACUAAGGCUUAAGAGCCGACCUAUUUUCGAAAGAACUGUAGUGGUACCAGCGAGUGGCAGUGGAUCUAGACGGAGACGGAAAACAGUCAAAAGUGUGAGAGAAAAUGUAUCUGUGGAAGACCUGAGGCUAGACAGGCCAUUGGAGCUGUCAAACCCUCGAGAACUAGAACGCAAACUGCGACAACUUCGCGAGUUUACGAAAAAUCUGCAAGAACAAGUGCGGAUGGCUGAUGACUUGUCACAAAAGGAGGAGGCCGAAAAAGCAUUGGUGAAAGCCGGAGGUGAAGAAGUGAGCAACGAGGAAACAGCGGCUUUGAUCUUGGGACACAACAAUGAUGCAAAAUCUGUGGCAUCCCGCAACAAAGGCCAAGUUGGCAGACUUGCCGAAAACUCAGAUCUGUCGUCAUUUCUGCUCAGUACAUCGGGACAGGCAAAAAAGCUUCUGCCGGAUGCAAUUCUGGAACGCAUAAAUGACGAUGAGCUUGUGCUGAGAUCUCUCAUAAAUCGUCGCAAUAGCGAUUGGAAUGCUAUCGUCUCAAAGCUUUACGAUAGCCCUGAGCAAUUGCAAGGAAUAAGCCAUCGAGCUCUGAAAGUGGGCCUUUUGUCUAGAGUAUCCCAUCUCUCCUUGAAAAACAUUCGCAAGUUGGAAUCCAUGUUUCGCAACUACGGCCAACAAACAGGAACUGGACUCACCACGGCCAUGUAUGAAUGUCUUUUCGCCAACCUUUCGAAUUUGAAACCCGUGGAUGUCAGCGAGAAGAACGAAGUGUUCGGGUUAUUCGACUCACUUUUGAAAACUUUCGAUGACACUAGGACGUCCACUUUGGACGGGCAAGAGCGCAUCGAUAAAAACAUUCCAGACACCCUAAAGAAAGCAGAUAUGAAUCAAUUCCUAUUGAACUGCUGCAUCAAAUUCGCCUCGAAGGUCAUGGAUCCUUCGAAACUGAAUUACUACUUAACGAAAUUCGGUCAAGAGUAUAAGGUUCUACCCAACCGAGAGAACUACACCACUAUAAUCCAAUUUUAUAGUAAAAUGAAUUUGGACAUUCAAGCCUGGGACAUUUUUGCUACCAUGAAGUUUCUGUCAGCGGAACAUAAGCCAGACACGAGAACCUACACCACAAUGCUCCAGCUUUGUGCCAAAGAAAAAAAUUAUGCGAAAGCCAUCGACCUGUUCAAUGAAAUGACCGACUUGAAGGUUGAAAUAUCUCCCGAAACUUUGAAUGGUAUCGCUAAGGUACUGGCAGUGGCUAGCGGUGACCCCGUUUCUAGUGAAGGAAAAGCCGAAGCACUGAGAUUACUGGGCUGGAAAUACCUGCAUCAAAAUGAAGAUCUCGUUCAAAUGAAGGGCCGUAUCUUGGAGGACACAAUAAUGACAAUGAUGGCGCUAUGUGCUUACGACGGAGAUGUGGGUCUCGCCAGAGCAUUGUAUUUCAAGUACAUCACUGCCAAAUUUGCCGAUAAUUACAGCAAGUGGAGAGCUAAAAAGGGCAAUUCUAUUCCUACCGAUUACAAAGCUAUAUGGUCGAGGUCAUUAAAUCCACAGAUUUUCAACUACUUGCUGUUGGCGUAUGCCAAUUUCUCGCCAGAAAAAAGGCCUUUGUUGAUGGGCUUUGACCAGGGUUCUAUCACAAGAAGAAACCUCAUCAACAGUGUAGAUUAUCAACAGAAGUUUGACAAUAUCGGCUGUGAGUUGCCAAUAAAAAUCCCGAUGUUACCUGUCGCUGAUUUCAGUCAGUCUUUACAGGUGAUUCUAGAAUCCCGCGCUUUGUGGCAGUUUAAUCUCGAGUUUGGUGGAAUCGUCAACUUAAGAGAGGCUCCGCAAGGGUUUUCCGUUCAAGUUCGAGAUCUUUUGGAAUCCAGCAAAUCACUGGAAGAGUUUGCAUUGACAAUCUUCAAUCAAUUUGUGUCGAAGGAAUCUGAACUCGUCAACCACAACGUUCUAAAUAUCAAGACUUUGGUAUCGUUUCUAACAAUUCCUAUCAAAAUGAGUGAUAAAACAGAGUUCUUACUUAGACUCUCGGAAUUCUCGUUCGAACAACGAGAUCUGAAUAUGCAUAUUUCAACUCUAUUCAAUGAAGCGCAAUCGAACUCACUAGAAGCUGAAAAAGUGCCAGACUCUCAGAACAAGACUCUAGGUCUGCAUUUGACGUCUCAAGCCGGUGCUUCUCUUCUUUUUCUAUCAUCAAUGAAACAUAAGCUGUUGAGAGAAUCAGUUCUCUAUGAGUUAACAAUGCGUGCAGCCAUAAAAUUCAAGGAUGCCACUUUGGCCAAAGAUACUUGGGAAAGUCGCGGUGCUUUUAGAAAGCUCAAUGCUUUCCAAAAACUGGAAGCUCAAGACAGGGUCUCGAAAGAUACGGCUUUUGCAUCGCUGAUGGUGGAUUUCUUUACCCGACAAGAAAUGUACAGCGAUGCCAUGAGUAUCAUCAUGUCAUCACAGAGGUAUAUCGAUUGGACUUAUACGAUGACCAAACAGCUUCAUCAUAAGCUGAUAGAGUUGGAAGACGAAAACAGCAUCAAGAUUCUACUACAAAUUGUUAACAAACGCUCUUCAUGA